UCAAUCUCAUGAUCUAUUUAACAUGCGCCCGCCCUUUUGCUUGUUGCCUGCAUAUAAUUCUGUUCCUCGCUACGCUUCCUUCUCCUUUACUUAUUUAGCCAGGCUACCCUCCAUCAUCACCUCCACGACGCCUGCCUCCAUCCUUUCUCAAGCUACUACAAAAGACCACACACAAGCAAGCAAGCAAGCAGAGUCACAUCACACAACUGGCCUGGCUAGCUCCCCACCUCACCUCGGGCAAUUCUCUCUCGCAUAAACUAUUUCUUGGAUCCUUGAGAGAGGAUCUAGAGCAGCAGCAGUGGGAUCUGCGCGCUCACCAGCUAUCAUGGGCCUCGACGCCGCGGAAAUCUCUGAAUUGGCGGCGCUCCAGCCGAUCCACACGGCCGUGAGCGGCGCCCGGGCCACCCAAGUGCCAGGGGCGGUCGACGAUGACGCUGCCGACACCGGCUGCGUCACACCCAAGGCGAGCGGCGGGCGAUCGGCCGCUGCAGGAGGUGCGGACGACGGCGACGACGCUGCCGCCGACAACGGCUGCGUCACGCCGAGGGCGAGUGGCUCCCUGGCCAUGCUGCCCAUCGCGCCACUGCUGCAAGACGACGGCGUCGACGCUGGCUUCGCCACGCCGCUGGCCACGGGUGGAGUAAUUGGGCCGCGAGACGGCUGCGCCGCUGCCGGCGACGAGAACAGCUUCACCACGCCGACGACGGCCGACAGCGCGCUGUUGCCGGCCACGGUGUGCCCGCCCGCGCCGCGGAAGUCGGCUCCGGCGCCGACGAGGAAGCGUGCUCUGCUCCAGCAGCGGCUCUUCUACCCGGUGCCGCACGACCUGGCCACCGUGUUCGUGGCCGUGCCGCAGUGCCCGCCGCCCGCCAAGAAGAUGCGGGCGCACGCCGUGGGGUCAUCCGCGCCGCUAGGCACGUGAGAGGCGCAAUUCGCGCACACACAUCCUCUGUCUCGUUCAUGUACUUCAGUACUUCACGUGUAUAUGCUGCUGCUGCGCGCCAUUGUCGCGACCGCGAGUGGACGAAGGAGUUCUUCAGAGAAGCGGAAGCAAGCAAGUCCACACACGAGCAAGGGCUCUCGAGCGGACGAGUGCGCAGAAAAUAUGUUGUAGUUGAAUCACUCAACUCCCCUCGGCUCCUCUGAGAUGUGCGUCAAACACACACGGAACUACUACUACUCUACUAGCACUCAAGUUUAGCUCAACCACUCAGCUCUCUCUCUCUC